AUGUCCACGGAAAAGGAAUUUUUGCAAUCCCGCGUUCAGGCUUCAGCGCUGCUCAACAGUCAACUUGGGAUUGACGACCUGCGCCCCCGGCUUAGCCGUGUCCUGCUCGGCCAAACUCUCACAGAACUUGCCUCUCUAGUGCGAGAUGUUGAGAGAGAAUUGACCAUCUGCAAGGCCAGGUUGAAGUCGCUCGGUGCUCCGCGGGGCUCACUCCUUGAACAACGCGCCUACCUUUUGCAUGCAAGCCAGCAGUUUGUCGAUCUCAUCAAGCAUUCCGUUCGAGGCACAUACGAGGAUGCGUUCUUUGCAAGCGCAGAUACUGACAAGGGCUACCACAAACGUCUCCGUCCUGUUUUUCAACAGAUGCUGGCUGUGUCUGCUACGAGAAUACUUGUUGAAGCGCAUGCUCAGGAGAUUGUCGUCAAAGCAUACCUUGAUUGCGUUGAGGCUCGUAUGCGCCAUAACCGAGUAUGUGAACUUCCUGGUCUGUUUAAUCUAUCAAUCGUGGACGAAUUGUUGUUUGAUCAAUCCAAACCGUGGCAGCACCUACUUCACGAAGUGGUAGGAAAACUCGUUGCUGCAGCAAGAGCUACGCUCGGGCUGGUCAUGGAGCAUAUCUCUGAUUCAGUCACUGGGGAUGGGAUAAUGAGAUACCUUAUUCGACCGAACAUGGAAGCCAUGAUCACCGGACUGCACAAAAAGGUCGAAGAGGUUCUCAGAACGCACACGAAGGGCCAUACAAUCACAUACAAUCGGUGCUUCACCGACAGUCUUCAGAAGAAGUGCCGCGAAGUUGAGCGAAAAGCAAUAGCGGAGAAAAUACAGGCAUUUUAUACAGGAAGAGUGGAUCACACUUUGGAGAACGUGUUUCGGCGAACAGUAAACAACAAGAGUACGGACACGGGGGCGCUUCUGGAUGCCCUCGUAAAGGAUACAGAGUUGGGUCUGGCUAGGUUUGCGUGCAUUGACGCGAUCAAUACCGUGAAAGCCUACUACAAGGUUGCACCGAAGAAUAUCGUCGACUCCUUCAGUAUGUACGCGGUGGAACAAUGUCUUCUUAAUGAGUUACCUGAACUCUUCAAGCCAGCCAUCGUUUUCACACUGGAUGAUGCCAUGGUAGUCAGGAUCGCUGGCGAAUCUGCAGAGUUAGUUGCUGAACGGCAAGAGCUGAACAAGAAGUUGAAAGUGCUUGAAGAUACCAUGAUCACAUUGCGGCGCUUGAGAACCGUCGGGGAAGCUAGUGAGUGUUCAUUUUUCUGUUUUCCUGUUCACAUCGAUGAUCAAGUGUUUGACGGCAGUCCGAGCGAGGAAGAAGAGAAGAGCAAUGAAGGAGAGAGGCGCAACGAAGGAGAGAGGCGCAACGAAGGAGAAGAGAGCAGCGGCCAGUAA